UUGGAACAAAGUUAUAUUUUUUGGGAGGUUGGAGUAAAAAUUCAGAUGGCACAGAGGGUUGUCAAAAUAGUGUAUUUUAUUUAGAUCUUUCGGUUUCGUUUGACACGCAAGGCAAUAUUCCAUGGACAGACCUUACGACUAUUGCUGGCAGUCCAGUAAAUACUUGCUGGCAGGUUAGCGCAUUGGCUGGUCCUGACUACACUAGCAUAUACGCGUUUGGAGGCGUAAUGAUAGAUAAGACUUCUCCAACCUUAUCUGAGAAAACUGAUCCCGAUUCUGAAAAAAGUUCUUCUAUUAUUUCUCCAAUAGAGGAUAAUGAUCAUCAUGGAUCUAUCGAAUUAGCAAUAAAAUCAAUAGAAGAACAAUUAAAAUUACAACAACAAAAAUUUGCUAAAAGAUUAUUAUCUCAACAACACAGACCAGUAGAAUAUAGAGACGAUAUUUCUGCAAAUUCUACGGUUUCUUCCGAACAAGGUUCUAAUGGUAAGUCAAGAAGUGAACCUGUUCCAUUCUCAUAUGGUAAGAGUGAACCUAUUCCAUACUCACAUGGUAGAGGAUCAAUGAGUUCUAAAACUCUUGCCGCAAAAAAAGCUGCUCCAAAACCAGUUGCACAAAUUAAAAAUAUUUGUACUUGUGGCGAUCCUAAUAGUCCUUGGUGUCAUGUUUGUGAACUACGAAGAUUUAAAUCUGGUUUUCCAAAAUGGACUAGUGGUAAUAAAAUAGUUGACAAUUUUAUCAAAGAAACUCAAUUAAAUUGUUCAUCCGAAGUGAAUUAUCUUGAAUGGAUAUCAUACGAUCGAUUUAGAGAGGUUAAAGAAAUUGGUCAUGGUGCUUAUGCAAAGUUGUUUUCGGCUAUAUGGCUGGAUGGUCCUCGAAUUAUACCUGAUGAAAAAAAGAAAUUUAAAAGAGAUGUUCGCAAAAGAGUCAUUCUAAGACAAUUACACAAUUCUCAAAACAUAUCAGAGUCUUUCUUUAGCGAGGAUCCUGCCACUAAAAAUUUUAUUAUGGUUUUUGAAAAUGUUGAAAAUGGAAAUUUACAUACUUAUUUAAAUGAAAAUAUUAUAAAUAUGUCAUGGCAAUCUAAAUUGGCUAUAACAUGUGAUCUUGUAAAGGCUUUAAAAACAAUCCAUCAUGUAGAUAUAAUUCAUCAUGAUAUUCAUAGUGGUAACGUUAUGGUAUUAAAGAAUGGUUUUAUUGCACUUGCUGAUCUAGGAUUAUGUCGUAAAGUUGAUGAUUCUGAUGAAGAUGGUAAAGUUCAAUGUAUACUUCCUUAUGCUGCUCCAGAAGUCAUACUACGUAAGGAAUUUAGUAAGGCAUCAGACAUUUAUAGUUUUGCCAUGAUAAUGUGGGAAAUAUCUGUAGGAAAAAGACCAUUCAAUGAUAGAGCACAUGAUGCCGAACUCGCUUUGGAAAUAUGUAAUGGAUUACGUCCACCUAUCGAUAACACUCCUUCUACACCUCCUUGUUGGAAUGCGUUAAUGGAGCAAUGUUGGGAUAAAGAUCCUUUAAAAAGACCAGACGCAAUUAUUUUGCAUAGAACUCUUUGUGAUUGGUUAAAAAAAAUUGUUGAAACUCCGCGGCUUCCAUAUAAAGUUAAUACCGAGUUUGCUCUUGCUGAAAAUUGGCGUUCUCAUAAAGUUCAUUCUCAUACAUCUCAGGAAAAUGAACAAAUACAUCCAUUAGCAUUUUAUACUAGUCAAAGUUUUGAUUUUAGUGAACUACAGUCUUCACAAUUGGUAAGAUGUAGUUCUCCCGAUGUAAUUAAUACAAACGAAGUCGAUGUAAUUAAUACAAAUGAAGUCGAUGUAAAGUAUGAUACACAAGAUGAUGUUAAUACUCUUGAUGGUGUUGAUGGUGUUGAUGAAAUUGAUACUAAGUACGAUACACCAAAUGGAGUUGACGUUAAGGAUGAUACACCAGAUGAUGUUGAUAUUAAAUGUAAUACUCCACCUUCAGAAACUGAGAAUACAUUUGAACCACCACAAUCACCAACCGGAAGUAAUAGUAAGACUUCAGAAAUCGAAAUUAAAUAUGAUGGCACUACAUCUCCUUCUGGUGAAAGCGCUACUAGUUUUAAAGCGGACCAAUCUGAACAUUUAGAAAUUGAAUUUUGA